UGUUUGGGGGGGGGGGGGACAUUGUCGACCGGAAAGGAAAGUCACCACGUUGUCACCAUGGCUGCAUGAUGGCGACAUUAAAAGAAGUGGAGCGCCCAGCUGUGAGUGGAUCCGACCACGAGCUUCCAGCACGAGAGGAGCUUUGGGAGCAGACACCGGGGAGGAGACAUGUGGAUGUCCUUCUAGAUAUUAGUGAGGAGGACUUCGCCAAAGAAAUGGAGCCACACGAGUAUCACUGUUACUCCGGCUUGGAAGAAGCUGUUUGUGGUUGGGGAAGAGUUGCUCCACUGAGCUGUAUACUUCUGACUCAGAAGACUUGCAAAAAAACGAAGCAGGCCGACAAACCAAUGCCUCCGUGUGUUGAGCCGACAACGCCUGAUGCCAACGGCUCAGCCUGGAUUGCAGAGACCCGUUGUGAGUCUCACGUGGACCCACAUAACAGCUUCAAGAAAUCCCUCGCACCAAACCAGCACGAGGGCUCCUCGGGCUCCACAGUCCUGACAGCUCUGCAGAAGGAUGCUUCAGAACGGCCCGUCUUCAAUUGCAUCCAGAAAACCACGUCAAAACUUCCACUCGUAGAAAAGAUGGAGAGGGAAGAGGCGCUCAGGGCGACGUCUGCGCAGGUUCACCACUUCCACUCAAAAUACUCGGACAACGGGGCCGCUAGGCCUCAGAAACACAGGCCUAUUAUGGUGGUGCCUAUUAAAAACGUAACAUUUUUACCACCAAUUACAUUACCACCCCCGAAUCUCCAGAAAGCCAGCGGCAAGAAGGCCAAAGAAGGGGGAUCCAUGGGGGAGAAUGUCUUCUUUGCCAAGAGCGGGACGAGAGCAGCUGGCGUGGACCACGUUGCUGACCCCGAGCUUCUCACUUACUCCUCAGUCCUGACCUCCAAGUACCGGCCAUGUCAGCACAACCCCGACUUGUUCUCUGCAGCAAGUGUUUCUGUACCCAAGAGGUAUCAAGUGCCCAUGUCUUCCAAACCUGACACUGUGCACCUAAACAGCUACGCACUGGCCAGGAGGCUCACACAGGUCCUCCACCCCAGGGGAGCAUCAGGUCCACGAUCCCACUUGUACCCGAGCAAGACUGUGUCCAUGUACUAUGCAGUCACUUGAACGUCUCCCAUUCAACAAAGUAAAAACAACUUCUUUAUCUGUUGGUUUUUUUAUCGUGAUUGCUUCAGACUCACCACAUUUUUGUUUUUCAUCCAUCCAUCUUAUCCAGGGUCGGGUUGGGGGGCCUUCUGAGGUGCCCAGGGGGGCAUUGUUUCCAUUAAAUUACUUGGAAAAAUAUAUACAGGUAUGAGAGAUGUUCAUUAGGGCUAACUAGCCCUUUGGUUUGGUGUUCUGACUGGCAUAUAGAACGAUCCAACCCGAUUAGUCAAGUGAACCGAUCCUUAAAUGUUGAGCUAUUUGUGUCAUUAGAGCCUUUGUUUUGUUCUGACUAGUUCCCACGAGUUCUUCUUCAGCUGUUGCAGUUACCUAGCAACGGUGCAACUACCUCAUAAGAAGCAAGGCAGUGCGUCUGCUUCACACUUCCACUCAAACCGGAGCCCACGAGCUGCAGCUCUGUCAGAGCCGCGAUGCACUGCAGCCACAAUUACAUCAACACAUUGGAUCUGCUGUCAAAUUGGAUCGUAUUCCACUUUUAAGUAGGGUAUCCCUGACAUAUAUGUGUAUGGGUUCUGGGAUGACUAUUGUACCAGGUAUCACUGCAGCAUUAUGCUGAGGGCCUCAAUGCCUUACGUCAUGUUGGUCAACCUUAUUUACAACUUGCAGGAUCUUGUUACAUUGCCACUCUAUACUAGCUCUGAUCCGCUUAGUGGGAUUUUUAAAUAAUUAAAAUAGCUGCUGUGUAAGCCAAAUUAAAAAAAUAAAUAAAUAAAAAAACUUUAGUCCUACCUGAAUGUGCAUGUGGAAUAAAAUGGUCCC